AUGGCUCUUCUCAAGACAAUCAUAGCCCUGGUGGCUGCUACAGCUGCUGUCGAGGCCCGCCUCAUGUCACGGGCGGCUACAUUCUCAUCGGGCGUGUCAAUGGUAAACAUGGCCGCUGAUAACCAGCAGAUCAACCUCCAGAUCGGUCUCAAGAUGCAGAAUAUCGAGAAACUCGAAACAAUGCUCAAGGAUGUUUCCGACCCCGACAGCCCCAACUACGGCAAGUACCUCUCAGCCGCCCAAGUCAAUGAGGUAUUCAAGCCCGCGGAGGCUUCCGUCGCCGCGGUACAGGCGUGGCUCGCCAAGGAAAACGUCAAGGACGUCUCAUAUACCGACGGCGGGCGCUUCGUCAACUUUGCGACGGACGUGGCGACUGCCAACAGGAUUCUCGGCGCAAGCUUUGCAUACUAUGACGUCCAGGGCUCUAUGAAGCUUCGAACGAAGGAGUACUCCGUCCCCGACACGAUGGCGCAACACAUUGAGCUUGUGACGCCAACAACAUACUUUGGAAACAUGAAAUCCGACCCGGCUUUUGCCAACCCUAUGCCCGCCGAUGCCGUUCCGCCUCCGUUGGCCCGUAGACAGGGUCAGAACCCUGGUGCCACUGCGAACUGCUCCAGGGCGUUUACCCCCGCGUGUUUCGAACUGGCAUACAACUACGGUGCCUAUCAGGCCGACCCCGCCGCCGGCAGUCGAGUUGGCUUUGCGAGCUUCCUCAACCAGUCUGCGCGCCAGCCCGACCUGACGGCCUUCCUGACCCGGUUCCAGUUGCCGGCGCAGAACUUCAAAAGUGUGCUUGUCAACGGUGGCCUGGACCACCAGGACCCCAAAGGUUCCAUUGGCGAGGCAAACCUCGACGCGCAAGUUAUGGCGGCCACCGUCAAGACCUUGCCCAUCACGCAGUUCAUCACCGGUGGAAAUGGACCUCUGGUCCCUAAUCUCCGCUCACCCAACCCGGCCGACAACCAGAACGAGCCGUUCCUUGACUUUUACCAAUUCAUGAUGACGCAGGAGAACAAAGACAUCCCCCAGGUGCUUUCCGUGUCGUACGGUGACGAUGAGCAGACGGUGCCAAUUGAGUACGCCACGCGCGUAUGCAACCUCAUUGGCAUGAUGGGCUUGCGUGGAGUCACCAUUUUGGAGUCCAGCGGCGACACUGGCGUCGGUGCCCCUUGCCGUGCCAAUGAUGGCAGCAACAAACCCCAGUUCACACCGACUUUCCCCGCUACAUGCCCGUAUAUCACUGCCGUUGGCGGAACCCAGGCUUUCGGCCCCGAGAUCACAUGGAUCGCCUCCGGCAGCGGCUUCAGCAACUACUUCAAGCAGGCGUGGUACCAGGAGGCCGCCGUCACCAGCUACCUCGCGACCGGCAUCUCGUCCGAGACCAAGAAGUACUACGAGCCCUUCGCCAACUUCAGCGGCCGCGGGUUCCCUGAUAUCUCUGCCCACUCCGCGAGUCCUCCGUUUCCCAUAGUCGCAGCAGACAGGCUCGUCGGUACCGGAGGAACCUCGGCCUCUGCCCCGCUUGUCGCCGGCCUCGUUGGACUACUCAACGACGCCAGAAUCCGCGUCAAUCAGCCGACCAUGGGCUUCAUGAACCCUUGGCUGUACAAGAGAGGAUUCCGUGGUCUCACCGAUGUGAAUGCCGGCGUUGCCCAGGGCUGUGGCGGUGUCGAUUUGCAAUCCGGAAAGCCGAUCCAAGGCGCUGGCGUCAUCCCUUUUGCAUCAUGGAACGGAACUCAGGGAUGGGACCCUGUGACGGGAUUGGGCUUGCCCAACUUUGAGCAGAUGAAGACGAUCGCUCUCAUGAAAUAA